AUGGAUCAAAAUGACUCUCGGGGUCUACUAAAGGGCAUUCUUGGAAUUUUCGCUCGAAAACCGCCGGAAAGGGUAACGCAGCGCACUUCGUUGAAGUCACAGAUGCUCGACGCUUGGGUGCGGACGGACGCAUAUCUACAGCAUGAAACCAAUGACUUUGACGAAGCCGACCCUGAGCAGGUAGCAAGAACAUUGAGGACGUUCGAAAAUCUUGUUCAAUAUGACAUUGAUCGAGAAGAAGACCCCAGCUCACACCACACUGUGCCUUACCCAAAGCUUCGAGCGAUUCGUCAAAGGACACAGCUUCCGAAUCACGAUGCGUAUGCCGAUUCAGGCUCAACCAUCCGGAUUAGCAAACGCAAGCGAGAGUAUACCGCUGCCAUCGAGGAGCUUUCACGCAUGGACAUGGAGGCAAAGAAGCACCGAGUUCUGCCUCGCGAAGAGCCAAACGUGGACGAUGACAUGGGUGAUCCCGAAGCAGAAUUUGCUAUUCUGAUGAGGAAACAUUCAAUGUCGUUGCAUCAGGGACUACGGGCACAUUGGUCCUGUGUAUGUCAGAGGUGCUCGGGCUUGAGCGUGAGACUUUCAUUGCCUCAACGAAAGAAGAGCUCACAAAUAGAGACGUGCUUCGAAGUAUUCUUUGGCGUACGAUCUUUACUGGCACUCACAUUGCAGGAAGCCAAGAUAACGGCCAUGAGCACGUCUGGACUUGCACCUGGUGUCUUGCCCGACUUCGCGCACAUCUGCCAGUGUAUCACGGAGUCACUGGAUCAACGAAAUUGCUUGCAUCUUCUCUUUGAGGACGGGUUUUUUAAGAGACUCCGCCCGCAACCAAAAACCUUUGACGAUUCCCAACUGCCUCGGAUAGUGUCUCUGUCGGCUCUUUUCAAGCGUCAGCAGGAGUUACGCGGUGGGUCACCGGUUUUACCACUCAAAGGGGAACGAAUCCUGGCCGUCAUACUUGCCACGGCGUUACUUCCGUUCUUGGAGACGCCGUGGGUGCAGCCUUCGUUUAAUCACUCCAAGAUUCAGUUUUUCCAACCGCUACAGGAUGGAGAGCUACCCAAUAUCACGAAACCCUUCCUGGCUAUGGAACAAGUUCCAAUCAUUUCGGCCAACAAGAUGGACACUGGAAACGGCCCAACCCAAACGGCCAGCUCCAAACACAUAGUACAUCCUAAUGCCAGUGUGUUGGCGUUAGGUAUUCUUUUGUGUGAGCUUCACUACUGCAAACCCAUAGAUUCAUGGCAAAAUGACACAGAGACGACCCGAAAUGUCAACACUGACUAUUAUACCAGCCUCGGGCUUCUUAAAGAAAUAGAAGUCGACGCUGGUGCAGAUUAUUACCUCGCUACUAAAGCAUGCCUACAGUGGGAAUAUUUUCCUGCCGGAGAGCUUACUAGUUUUGAAUCCGACAGCGUUCAAAGGCUCUUCUAUCAGAAAGUCGUCAAACGACUUGAAUCCGAGAUAUUCAAGUCGUGGCGCCUUCGGUUAGAGGAUUUGAAUUCUCUCGAUUCUCUUAUAAAUGAACAAUGUUGGGGCCCAAUCGGCCGAGAAGUUGUCCGCCAACAAACAAGCAAGCUCGAAUCCUCUGCGAGAAGGAACGAAGAAUUGGCGGUCCCUUUGCCUUCAGCCUCCAAUAUGACGCCUCUAAGCCGUUCUUUGCACAACCCGGCAAUGCUUAUGGAAAUGCCGACCCAACACACUCGAAGUUUCCAGAACCGCUCACACGUUGCGGAAACUUCUACUAAAAGUCUGUGCCUUUUUGAUGCAAGUCAUCACACGGUUUCUGAACAAGAUACUGAACUGUCGGAAAGAUGGAUGGACAAUCUUUUGUCCUCGAUUUAUCAUCAUGUUGACCCGUUUGACACUGCUAUGCAAUCUUCUGCGGGAUCUAUUGGAAAUGGGCGCAGGACAUUCGAGCCGGUACGAAUAGCAAUUUUAGAUAGUGGAUUUGAUCCUAAUAACUCUCUCCUUAUCAAUGACGAUCAACGACUCGAUCCACGGAUCAAGGGAGUACAGAACUUUGUACAUGAAACAGAGUCCUGGGAUGUUCAAGAUGAGAUUGGGCACGGCACUCAUGCCCUUGGUCUCCUCCUCCAAGUUGCCACAUGCGCUGAGAUUUAUAUUGCAAGAGUUGCGAAUCAAAAGACUCUGAAUCUCACUGAGUGGAAUGUGGAUAUUAUAUCGAUGUCCUUUGGAAUUCGCGAAUAUCAUGAGCCGAUGAAAACAGCGAUAUCAAAUGCUUUACACAAUCAAACACUGAUGUUCGCUGCAGCAUCGAACGAUGGAGCAAAUCUCGGUCGAGCCUUUCCGGCUAAAUACCCCAGCGUUUUUUGUAUACACUCGACUGAUGGAAAUGGGAACCCUUCUGCAUUCAACCCUACAGCAGACGAAAAAGACGUCAACUUCAGUCUGCUCGGGGAACAUGUCCGUUCUCAUUGGCCAGCAGGGAAGAAUGGCCACAACGACAUUGUCAAUUUCAUGUCAGGAACUUCAGUAGCAACGCCAAUUGCCGCUGGGCUUGCUGCUUCAGUCCUAUCAUUCGUCCGACAGCAAGAACAGGGUUUGACUGCAGGAAGUGAUCUGUUGGGACCAUGGUUGAAGGAUGUUCAUUCAAUGGACGCGGUUCUGAACAGCAUGGUCAGACAGAGGAGAGGAACAGGCUAUGACUACAUCACGCCUCACGUAUUGCUUGAUACGGAUUCAUCAAGGGAGCAUGUUUACAACAAGAUCAAAGAUAUUAAGAAGCACAUGUAUGACUAG